CUGAGAAGGAGUAGACAAAAAGGUAGUAGGAAAACCAAAAAAGUAUAUCGCCAAUGGCAUCAAGAGCAAAGGACUAGUACUAGUGCUGCUGAGUAAGGAACUGAAUGAAUGUGAGAUAAACAGCAUCAAUUGCAACAGCUGAAUGAGUGAUUUAAUGUGGACAGUGGAUGCUGUGAUGCCGAUCUCCCUUGAGGAAUGAAGGUCUUAUUCCACCAGUUGUUGGGACUGCUGCCAGCAGUCAUGCAUUAGCUAUCAGCCUCCUUGAAUAGUUGCCUUAGCUAAAGAGAUACCCUGUGCCUAAGGUCAUACACCCUUCCUUGGCAAAGCUUGGAUCCCCACUGGGGAAAACUUUGAACGUUCUUAUCAGUUUUAGAGAUGUGGGAUAGGAUGUGCUGAGACUGGGCAUUAAAACCUAACUUCUCCGUCUGCCCAAUUUUGCUUCCUUUCCUUCCCUUCCACAGAUACAUACUGAUCCCUAAUAAACUUCCUCAUACCAAAAUCCAUUGCAAGAGUCUUGCUUCCCAGGGAAAUCAACCUGUGACAACUUUAAUUUAUAGCAAGUGCUGAUGGAUAUGAGAAGCUAGACUGCAGAAGGUAAGAAACGAAUGGUGAGAAAAUGGAACACCCAACAGUGGGCAACUUGUUCAAGCAAUUUUGCUUUCAGAUAGGAGGAUGCCAAAACCAAGACAGCAUUAAGGGCUCACCACUCCACCCCCUCUUUAGUAUGGCAGAUAUCUGACUGAAAGAUAAAUGCCAGUUACACAUACAGGAUUCUAUAUCAUUGAAAUUAACCUUCAACAAAGAGUGAACAGUAGUUAAAAAGUAUCUCUAUUCGUUAAUGUAUUAGGACAUUAAGUUCUUUAACCAGUACUAGCUCAUUGAGGAAUUGAGGGAAUGAGUAACCCGCAUUUUGAAAAGACCAACGUAAACCUUUAAAUAGGUUCCCUUACAUAAGUCUCCUAAAUUCGAACACUGUGAGCCAGUUUACACAGGUACUGUCUAUACCUGACAAAACUGGGUCUUCUAAACCACUCAUUCCACAGGUUCCUCCUAGCCCCAGCUGAACUAGAAUGUCUACCCCUUAACCAGAGACUGAACCUGUUUCUCGGAUAAGUGACUUAACAGCAGGACAAAGAGACUUCUGAAAAGCUUUUCUCUGGAGAUCCAAAUAAAGAUGCCAAAAAAAAAAAAAAAAUUUACGUGGGGACUGAAACUUAUAGAGAAUGAAUGAACUAACUACAUGACAAUGAUACUUUCGACCAAGGCAUGAGAGUAGGGUGGAGACAGGGGUUAGGUUAGAGACAAAGUUUCAAUAAAGAGGAAAACAACGAUAAAAUCCUCAGGAAGUAAUAAUACGGCGCUGUCAACAGGCAGACGUCUAAAAUUUUCUCGAACCACGACUUCAUGACGACUCCAAAAGACCGCAGGGAGAGGAAAACGUACACCAGCGGCGAACACAAAGGCAGAAAAUUUUCGAUUGACCCCGGAAACAUUUUAUUUUGCGUAGGUAUCCGGAAAAUUUUCUUUUGCGAUUCGUUACUUGAUCCGGAAGAAAAGACAGCAAACAUCCCUUGCGAUUGGACUGUACCAUAAGGGCGGGGCUUUAGCGAACCAGUCACCUUGGCAACCGGAUGUGACGAUCCCGGAAGCCGCCGGCGGCUUCGGUGGGCGGGGUCGGCCGAGCCUGUGUGGCGCGGUGUUCACCGCUGACCCGGCACUGCUGGGGGCGGCGCCAUGAAGGCCACGCCUCUCGCGCCGACUCUGGCGGCUCUGGAGCGAUGUCGUAGGCUCUGAGGGGCGGAGCGUUGGACCGAUUCUCUCAGCCUACGGCUGAGCGGGCGUCGUCAGCCGCUUCGGUUCUUCCGGUUUCUGGUGGCUGCGCCACCUCCCUCCGAAGCCUGGGGAUACGCCCUCUCGAGAGCUCGCCGUCGCCCUCCUUUCAGGAUCGAACCCCUCAAGAGUUGCUCCGGGGCAGCUGCAGCCCAACAUCCUCUCGCUGUGGUCUCGCCCCUUGGAGGAUCUCGGCCCCACACUGCCCACUUUCCUGGAUGUGGUGGCCCCUCCCACCCCUCUAAAAUGUCCAAUAACCUACAGAGGGUCUUCCUGAAACCCGCAGAGGAAAAGUCAGGCAGCGCCUCGCAUUGUGUUUCAGGCUGCAUGUACCAAGUAGUUCAGACGAUUGGCUCGGAUGGAAAAAAUCUUCUGCAAUUACUUCCAAUUCCUAAUUCCUCUGGAAAUCUUUUGCCACUAGUUCAAUCUUCAGUCAUGUCUGAUGCUUUGAAAGGGAAUACAGGAAACCCAUUUCAAGUUGCUUUUCAGACUCAGAUUUCCAGCUCUUCCACAAGUACAUCAGUUCAAUUGCCCAUUUUUCAGCCAGCCAGUUCUUCAAACUAUUUUCUUACAAGAACAGUAGAUACAGCAGAAAAAGUUAGAGUUACUUCUGUGGGAACUGAAAAUUUUACCUCAUCAGUUUCUAAAGUUCAGAGUCAUGGUGUGAAAAUUGACGGACUCACCAUGCAAACAUUUGCUGUUUCUCCCUCCUCAACACAAAAUGAUUCAUCUUAUAUUUUAGUAAAUACCCAGAGUCUUCCAAUGACUGUGAAGUCUCCAGUUUUGCCUUCUGGGCACCAUUUACAGAUUCCAGCCCAUGCUGAAGUGAAAUCUGUACCAGCGUCAUCAUUGCCUCCUUCAGUUCAGCAAAAGAUACUUGCAACUGCAACCACAAGUACCUCAGGAACAGUUGAGGCCUCCCAAAUACCAACCGUUAUUUAUGUAUCUCCUGUAAAUACAGUGAAAAAUGUAGUGACCAAGAACUUUCAAAACAUUUACCCAAAACCUGUUACAGAAAUAGCAAAGCCAGUGAUCUUAAAUACUACACAAAUUCCAAUGAAUGCUGCUAAAGAGACACAGUUAAAAGGUGGUCAGCAUUCUCAAGCUGCUCCAGUGAAAUGGAUUUUUCAAGAAAAUCUACAGCCUUGCACUCCAUCUCUUGUUCCUGUUAAGUCUUCAAAUAAUGUGGCUUCAAAGAUUUUAAAAACUUUUGUAGAUAGGAAAAAUUUGGGAGAUAAUACUAUAAAUAUGCCACCAUUGAGUACCAUCAGUCCUAGUGGGACACAAUCCAAAAGUAUGCCUAUUAAAGAUAAUGCUUUGGUUAUGUUUAAUGGGAAAGUCUAUCUAUUGGCUAAAAAGGGGACAGAUGUUUUGCCAUCACAAAUUGACCAGCAGAAUUCUGUUUCUCCCGAUAUUCCACCAAGAAAAGAUACAUCACAGAUAGUGAGUUCAAGUCCAGUCACAGAAAUAUCCAGAGAGGUUGUAAAUAUUGUUUUGGCUAAAAGUAAAUCUUCCCAGAUGGAGACAAAAUCAUUUUCAAAUAACCAGCUUGCUUCCAUGGCCAAUCUAAGGGCAGAGAAGAAUAAGAAAGUGGAGAAACCAUCUCUUUCUACCCCAAACCCACAUAAUAUGAACCAAUCCAUUAACUACUUAAAGCAGAGUAAGACUUUAUUCACAAAGCCAGAUUUUCCAGAUGGAUUUAGUACAGGACAGAAUGCCCCCAGAGAAGGAAAUAUCAUCCAGAGCAUAGAGAAAAUAAGUUCCUCUGUUGAUGCAACAACUGUUACUUCACAACAGUGUGUUUUCAGAGACCAAGAACCAAAGAUCCAGUAUGAGAUGGCAUCAAAAGUAGAAAAAAUUACUCAAGAAAGAAAUGACAAGAAAAAUUCUCAAGGGAGAAGCAAUAAAGCAUCAUAUCUGAAGAAUGAUGCUGAACUUAAAAAGAUAUUUGGUCUCACUAAAGAUCUGAGAGUGUGCCUUACUCGGAUUCCUGACCAUUUGGGCUCUGGAGAAGGUUUUGAUUCCUUUAGCAGUUUGGUGAAAAGUGAUACUUACAAAACGACAGAGUUUAUAGUGAAGGAGGAAGAGAGGAAACAGAGUUUUGAUAAGAAAAGAAAAGCAAAAAUCAUUAAGAAGAUGGAUCACACAAAGAAGAGAAAAACUGAGAGUGCUUAUAACACAGCUGUAAAUGGAGGAAUUAAUCUCACCAGUUCCCAAGGCGUUAGCAGUGUUUUACCAACUUCAGAUGUAUCACGUCAUAACAUUCUCACAAGCUGCAACAAAACCAGAGAAGAAAAGAGAACUGAGGUAGAACACUGUACUGGUGAGAAACAGGAAAAAGGCACAUUGAGUUCAAAUGCAGCUUUUGAACAAAGUCCUUCCUUUAAUAAAAAUUAUACUGAAGAUAUUUUCCCCAUGACACCACCAGAGUUAGAGGAAACCAUUCGAGAUGAAAAAAUAAGAAGACUUAAGCAGGUGCUGAGAGAGAAAGAAGCAGCUCUUGAAGAAAUGCGUAAGAAGAUGCACCAAAAAUAAUAAAACGUUCCUCUACUUAAAGAUUUCAAUGAAAUAGCUGGUUUUUUUUCAUAUACUUUUGCAUUGUUGGUUAUAGAUACAUUUUGAAGGUGUCUUUGAAUAUGAAAUUUGUUUUUUCCUCAAUUGAUUAUAAAAUUUUAUUUAAGGAAUACAGAAAGGGUUGAUUCACAUAUGACUCUUGUGAAUAAUCUACAUGGGGUAUCUGAAUCUUUGUGUAGAUACCUUUAUUUGGAAGGAAAAAUGUUCUAUUUUUCUGUUAUUUUAACUAGAAUUUCCCAAGUUUGAAUAUUUGUGCUGAGUUUUUGUUAUUGUUUGUAGCUUUAGCUAAAUUGCUCAGGUGUUAUUUCAACAAUAGAUAAUUAUUAUGUACUAUUGAAAUUUUACAAUCCAAGAAAGGAAAUCAGCUCUAAAUUUAUCUUUGCCAAUGAACUUGUGUGUGUACUCAGAGUUUACCCAUAAAAAUGAUGAUACCUUCUACUUGUAAAUUUUAAUUUCAAAGAAAAAUGUAUUAUAGCAGCAUUACUUAAAAAUUCAAACUUUUCUCAAGAGUGAGGGACACUUGUUUUGUAACUUUUACAAAGUAGUUUCAUAUAAUCCAAAAUGGGUUUUAGAGUUCAGGCUACAUAAUGUAUUGUUUGCUUAAAGUGAUGUGUUAUUAUUCCUAGGCAAAUGCAUCUUUUUCUUUUUGAAUAUGUACAUAUGUGACUUACAUUGUGUGAAAAGUAGAUCUGAACAAUGGCCAUAUUUAAUGCUUUUUAAAAUUGUAAAGUGUAGUUUUUCUUAAUAGAGACAGAUAUUUUUCUAUCUGGUUAUCUUUAAUUUGGAGAGUGUGGGAAUGGUGUGGGGGCAGGGAUUCAGGAGAAGGAGGAAAACUAUAAAGAAAAGUAUUAAAUUCCUGGAAGUAAGAUCAAGUAAAACCUGUACAUUGGCAACAAAAUAGAAGACAGUUAGUCAGAAAAUCAGCAUGUCAGAGAGAGUAGAACAAAUCGAAACUGACCAACUAGAUUUUCCUGCCUUAUUUUUUUUGUAGCAGCUUUAUUGAGGUAAUUCACAUAUAAAAUUCACCCUUUGAAAAUAUAUAAUUCGGUGGUUUUAUUAUAUUCACAGAGUUGUGCAACCAUCAACAUGAUCUAAUUUUAGAACAUUUUCAUCAACCCCAAAAAGCCUCAUACCCGUUAGCAGUCACUCCCCAGACCCUCCAUCUCCCAGGUGGAGACAAAUCACUGAUACCCUUUCUGUCUUUAUGGAUUUGCCUCUUGUAGACAUUCUUGAGCAUAGGAUGAAUCAUUCAGUAUAUAUUCUUUUAUAACUCAUUUCUUUCCCUUAAUGUUUUCCAGGUUGAUUCAUGCUGUAGUGUGUAUUAGUACUUAAUUCUUUUUUAAUUGCUGUAUAAUAAUCCACUGUAUGGAUAUACCACACUUUGUUUAUCCAUUCAUCUGUUCAUGGACAUUUGGGUUAUUUAUACUUUAGGGUGCUAGGAUGUCAUGUUGCUAUGUUGCUAUGAAUGUUUGGGUGCCACUUUUUGUGUGGACAUAUGUUUUCAGUUAGCUUGGGUAUAUAUACCCAGGAGCGUAAUUGGUGGGUCAUGUCCUAACUUUUUCUUUAACAUUUUGAGAAACUGCCAAACUAUUCCAGUCAGGUUUUGCUCUCCGUACUCCACCAAAAUGGAUUGUUUCAAGGACACCAGUGACUUCCAUGUUGCUAGAUCCAGUGAUCAAUUGUCAGUCUUCUUAAUUUAUCUAUCAGUGGGAACAUAAUUUCAUGAAUCAUUAUCUCCUUUGAAAAAAAUUUAAACAUUUUCUUAUUGAAGAAGCAGUACAUGUACAUUGUAGAAAAAUAGAAAAGACAGUAGCUGAAAUACUAAAAACUAAAACUUAAUAUUCCCAUCAAGCUAAAAUAGUAAAUGUUGGGGCUAGAAGAUACUUAAAGGCUAUCAGUUAAGAGAUAUUAUUUGAAGUUAUAGGUCUGGAUAACAUGACUUAGGGAGAUAGUAUAAACAGAGAAGAAGAUAAAAUUGUGGGCUCGUAUCUGAGUGCAUUUAAAGGUAAAGACCAUCUCAAAUGAAUUUUGAGGAUUGGAAGAAGAGAAUAUUGAAUUCUGUUUAUAAAUCCUUGAAUAGUGCCUGACACAUAACAAUAUAUAAAUGUUUGUUAAAUAAAAUAAAUUCAACUAAGGUCAUCCUAAUAGAUACAUUACCUUCAUCUUCCAUUUCAUUUCAUUUUCUUACCUCUGUUUCAGCCUACUUGCUCCUUUUGAUUUUUCUACUUUAUUAAAAUAGGCUUUGCUGCUCAUGAAAUCAUCGCACAUCCACAUUUCUUCUGAUAUUGUAUUCCUUGAUUCUGGAAUGUGGCUUGAAUCUUCUACGGCAAAGAUUCCAAAAUUUAUUCUAAUGAUCUCAAACUCCUGCCUACUCGUUCUGAAAUUCACUCAAAUUAGGGUUUUAUCUUUACCACUCCGUUAAGGCUGUUGCUUUCCAGGUCUCCAACAACCAUCAUACUGCUAAAUCUAAUGGUCAAUUCUUAGUCUUUAUCUUACUUUACCUGUCGUAGCAUUUGACACUUUUUAUCAGUCUGUCAUUAAAAUCUGUUCUUUGCUCUGUUUCCAAGACACCAUAUUCUCUUUCCUACUACCUUAUUGACUUCUCUUUCUCAGUCUCUUUGGCUGACUCCCCACCUUCUCCGUGAUCUCUGAAUGUUGGAGUUACAGCUCAGUCCUUGUAGGUCUUUUAUUUUGCAUCUCUGCUUGUGUGAUGAUCUCAUCUAGUUCUUAUGGAUCAAAAUACCAUCCAUAUUCAGGAACUCCCCUCUGAAUUUCAACGUAUGUCUAACUGCCUUCUUGACAUUUCCACUUAGAAGCCUAAUGGGCAUCUCAAAAUCAACACAGGCCGAACCCAGCUUCUGAUUAUCAUCCACACAAAAUUUGCCUCAACUAAGAUCUUCUCUUUCAGUUAAUGACAAAUUCAGGCUUCCACUUAUUCAAGAGGAAACACUUGGAGUCCGCCUUGGUUUCUCUUUUUUUCAUACCCUACAAUGAGUCUGUUAGGAAAUUUUUUUGGUUUAUGUUCAAAUUAUACCUGGAAUCCAACCAUUGCUCACUACCUGUAUUGUGACUAGCUUGUAUUAUCUCUCAUGUCGAUUAUUGAAAUAACCAACUGUCUCCCUGCUUCCACUAAUGUCCUCCUACAACCUGUACUUAGUACAAUAACUGAGUGAUUUUGUUAAAAGUAUAAGUAAAGAGGAAGACCAAAAACCCAAUAGAAAAAUGAGAAAAUGUGUGAACAAUUCACCAUUAAAGAUAUAAAAGUGACCUUCAAUCAUGAAAAAAUGCUCUAAUUCACUCAAAAGUAGAUAAAUGCAAAUUAAAACUACUCAGAUAGCAUUUCUUAUAAUGUCAGACUAGAAAAGAUUUAAGAAUAUGACAACACAUUCUGUUGGCAACACUGUGAGGAAACAGGCAUGUUCACACAUUGCUGAUGGGAAUGCAAAUUAGUACAGUUCUUCUGGAGGGAAAUUUAGCAAUGGCCAACAAAAUUACAGAUGUAUUUGCCUUUCAACCAAUGGGGCCAGCAAUUCUAUUUCUAAGAAUCUAUCCUUGAAGACAUGACUCCAACAAUGUGAAAUUAUGUAUGGAGAAGUUUUAUUAAUUAUUGUUUUUAAUUGCAAAGUAUUGGAAACAACCUACAUGCCCAUUCAUAGGAGAGUUGUUGAAAAAACCAUGGUAUGUCCACACAGUGGAAUAAGAUGUAGCUGUAAGAAAAGAAUGAGGAAGAGCUCUAUGAACUUACAUGGAGCUGUUUACAUCACAUUCUAUGAAAUGAAAAACAAAGUACAAAAGAAUAUCUGUAGCAUGCUAUUCUUCAUAUAAGGAAGAAGAGAUACAAGAAAAUACAUAGACAUCUGUUCAUUUGUAGAAAAAAAAAAUGAAGGAUAUACCAAAAACUAAUGAGACUGACUACUUAAGGGAAAAGGAUAAAAAGAAGAGGGGAAUGGGAAUGAGUUCACAGGGAUGAAGUGGAGUAACAUUUCUCUGAUUAUAUCUUUUUGUAUAACUGGCUCUUAGGAUCACAGUAAUGUCUUGCAUACCCUUCAUAUAACCCAAAAUAAACAAAUGAUUAAAAUCAACCAGGAAAUGGGGGAAACCCAAAUUGGAAUGCAAAUGCUAACAAAUGAAAGUAAAUGUAUGACAAAAGAAUAACAUGACCACACUUAAGGGAAUGGGAAAGAAAAUAACUAACCUAAGUAACUUAGAAAGCAGUAUCUUC